AUGGGUUUUUUCGUUGGCUUUGUUCACCGAGCCAACCGCCUUGAGCAAUCCACCAUCAUUCGCGAACAGACACGGGCAUUGAAUUGGAUUGCGUCGCCGGUCGGCGCAUGGGAUCGCCGUCUGGCUCCAAGAGACCAACCACCCCUUGACCCAGAACAGUCUAAACCAUCACAACCUGCUUUGAAGGACUUCCUCAAGCAUCGCUGGAAUAAAGAGUUGGAGACGUUCGCUCGUAAAGCGUACGAGGCUCGGUGGGAAGAUGCGCGAGAUACUGCAGUGGCAGGGUGGAAAGCUGCCAUCCGGCUCGUAAAGAAGGAAUAA